AUGAGUGCUGUGAAUGGUGACCUUGAAUUGAAUGAGAGUGUGGCUCCACGACGAUAUGCUUAUGAAGAGCUAGAAAAGAUGACUAAUAAUUUCAAGGAAGAGCUUGAUAGAGGAGCCUCGUCAACAGUUUAUAAAGGGCUGAUUUUGGGUAGCCAAAAGCCAGUUGCUGUCAAAAGAGUUGUGUUUUCAAAGGCAUGCCUUCGCGCGCAUCGGCGCGAGCCAGAGCGAGGCAGCAAGAGAUCUCCUGAGGCGUAUGGAUUAUUAAUGAAGGGAAAACUUGUGACGGGACAAGAAAUCGCUGUGAAGAGGCUUUCAAGAUGUUCAGGGCAAGGAACUUUGGAGUUUAAGAAUGAAUUGAUACUCAUAUCUGAACUCCAACAUACAAACCUCGUUCAGCUUUUUGGCUUCUGCAUUCAUGGGGAAGAGAGGAUGUUAAUCUAUGCCUACAUGCCAAACAAAAGUUUGGACUACUUUAUAUUCGAUUCAACCAGAGCGAUGCUACUAGAUUGGACGAAGCGGUUCAACAUAAUUGAAGGAAUCGCUCAAGGACUGCUUUACUUGCACAAAUACUCAAGAAUGAGAGUAAUUCACAGAGAUUUAAAAGCUAGUAACAUACUACUUGAUGAAUAUAUGAAGCCCAAAAUUUCUGAUUUUGGUUUGGCGAGAAUUUUUACACAUAAUGAACUUGAAGCAAGUACUAAUAGGAUUGUUGGAACAUAUGGUUACAUGUCUCCCGAGUACGCUAUGGAGGGGAUUUUUUCGAUAAAAUCUGACGUCUAUAGUUUUGGGGUGUUAAUGCUUGAAAUCAUUAGUGGUAGGAGAAAUAGUAGCUUCUACAUUGCUGAUCACGUGCUCAAUAUAGUAGGAUAUGCAUGGGAGUUAUGGAAAGAAGGCAGGGGGCUAGAGCUAAUGGAUCCAACACUAAAGGAUUCAUGUACUGAAGAUCAAUUGUUAAGAUGCUUCCAUGUUGGUCUGUUAUGCGUGGAAGAAAAUGCAGCUGAUCGGCCCUGCAUGUCUGACGUCGUAUCUAUGUUGACCACUGAAACAAUUUCAUUGCCAUUACCUACAAGGCCAGCAUUCAUCACAAUAAGAAAUGUUAUUGUGUCUGAUGUAAAUAUAAGUAGAAGGAAGUUGCAAAUUAUAUCAGUAAAUGGCUUGUCUAAUACCACAGUUGCUGGACGAUAG